GUUCACCAUGGUGGGGCUGGUACAACAGCUGCAGGACUAAGAGCUGGGUGUCCCACCACCGUCGUGCCCUUCUUUGGAGACCAAUUCUUCUGGGGUGAAAGGAUAGUUUCAAAAGGAGUUGGACCACCACCUAUUCCCAUAUCAGAGCUCAAUGUUGAACGUCUCUCUAAUGCCAUAAGAUUUAUGCUUGAACCAGAGGUGAAGCUACGAGCAAUGGAGUUGGGCAAGCAGAUAGAGAAUGAAGAUGGUGUGGAAGGAGCGGUGAACGCUUUCCAUAAACAUCUUCCCACCAAACUACCCCUACCCAUAAUUCCUUCACCUCCUACCUCCGACCAGCUUCCACGCCCCUUCCAAUGGCUUCUCACUGUAAUAGAGAAAUGGUGUUGUCUUCCAUCCGCUUUGUUAUAGUCAUAUUUGUUGCAGUCAGUGUAAAUAAAUAUUAAUUUAAUUUUAGGAAAAUUUACACACGUUCCACACAAUUUUUAUGCAUUUACAUCUCUCCCACCUAACCUAAACUUUCAUAUUUUCAUACAUUGUGUAUGAAAUGGUGUUAACAUGAAAGAUUAGGCCUGAGAUAUGUAAAUACCCAAAAACUGUGUGAUGCGUCUGUAAAUUUCUAACUUUCUUUUAUUCAUCUUUUCAUCAUUGAUUCCUUAUCAAUAUUGUAGCAAUAAUUCGCACCCC